CCUCCUGACACAAACCAAACACACCUUAGAGCGUCCAUCCCCGGCGGCGCAGCCCGAACCUCCCCCCUCCCGCGGCGAUGCGCCAGCACGCCCCCGCCUACACGCCGGAGGCGGCCUCCGCGUCGGCCACGGGUGGCGCGGGCGAGCGGCACAGCCUGCCGGCGCUGCAGGCCAAGAUGAAGCGCAACCCGGAGGGGUACGAGACGGAGCUCCGCCAGCUGCAGCGCCACUUCGAGUCCUCGGUGUUCCUCUUCCGGCAGCAGGCGGCGCUGUCGUCGUCCUCCUCGGGCGGCGGCGGCGGGGAGACGGCCAAGGAGCUCGGCGACCUCGCGCUCUUCCUCGCCCACGUCGCGCCCUUCUACCCCAACGACCUCGCCGACCUGCCCGACCACAUCGGGGGCCUGCUCGACACCAACGCCCGCGCGCUGCCGUCCGGCCUCCGGGUGCACCUCGUGCAGGCGCUCAUACUGCUGGUCAAUCGGAAGAUUGUUGAUCUGGAAGACACCAUGGAGUUAUUUAUGGAGCUUCAAGUCAUUGGAGACCGAGCAGUAAAAAAGCUUGCAUUUUCACAUAUUGUACACAGCAUCAGAAGGAUGAAUCAGAAGCACAAGAAUGAAGCCAAGAAUCGUAAACUGCAAGGCAUCCUUUUUAAAUUAGUACAGGGCGAGGAAGAGUCGAGAGCAAAGAGGGCUUUUACUAUCCUGUGUGAUCUUCACCGUCGAAGGGUCUGGUUUGAUGACCGCACAGCAAAUGCUAUAUGCGAUGCUUGUUUCCAUCCCUCUUCGAGGCUUAUGACAGCUGCUAUUUCAUUACUCAUUGGGUAUGAAAAUGUUGAGCAAGAGGAUGAUAGUGAUGCCAGUAGUGAAGAUGAAGCAAGUCAAAACCCAAAUAUUAUACUUAGUAAAGAAGAUGUCUACAAGGCAAAUCACAAGGGUACCUCUGCUAGUAAGAAAAAGAAGAAAGCUAAAUUGGAGCGUGUAGUUCGUAGUAUGAAAAGGCAACAACGUAAAUCCAAUGAGGAGACUGGCUCCAAUUACUAUUCGCCCCUUACGUAUUUAAAGGAUCCCCAGGGUUUUGCAGAGAAACUCUUCUCUCGGCUACAGAAAUGCAAUGAACGAUUUGAGGUAAGGAUGAUGAUGUUGAAGGUCAUAGCAAGGACUAUUGGCCUGCAUCACUUGGUUUUGUUGAACUUCUAUCCAUAUCUUCAAAGAUAUGUUCAACCUCACCAACGAGAUGUGACUACUCUACUUGCUGCAGCAGUACAGGCUUGCCAUGAGAUGGUGCCUCCUGAUGCUGUUGAACCGCUGUUCAAGCAGAUAGUAAAUCAAUUUGUGCAUGAUCGUUCCCGUCCGGAGGCUAUUGCUGUUGGCCUGAAUGUUGUGAGAGAGAUCUGCAUGCGAAUUCCUUUGAUGAUGAAUGAGGAUCUACUCCAAGACCUUGUUUUAUAUAAGAAGUCCCACGAGAAAGCUGUUUCUAUUGCCGCUCGCUCACUUAUCACAUUAUUCAGGGAGAUCUGUCCUUCAUUGUUAGUCAAGAAAGAUCGUGGCCGUCCUAUUGAUCCAACUGCUCGGCCAAAAGCAUUUGGAGAAACCACUAUUGCUAGUGAUGUGCCUGGAGCUGAGUUGCUAGAUGAAGAGAUGUCACCAGAGGGGGGUUCAGACGAUGAGUCUGAUGCUUUUGAUUCCGAUGACGAGGAAGUGUUGCCAUCUGCGAGUGGUACCCGACAAAGUUUGGAGAGUUUAUCAAACAAGCUUGAUGCUAGUGAAGAUCAUGAAGAUGAAGUAUCUGGGGAACAAGAUGAUGCAGAGGAACUAGACGAGGAUGAUAGUGAUGACGAUAUGGAUGAACUAGAUGACGACUCUGACGUGGAUGGUGAUACUGAUGCGUCUGAUGAGGAUGAAGAUGAGGAGCUCAAUGAAGAUUCAGAGAAUGAAGACUCGGACCAGGAGGUUGAAGACAGUGAUGAGGGGGAUAAAUCAAAGGGCAGCGGUUCCAAGGUGCAGAAGAGAAAGUUAAGUGAUUAUAUUGGACAACUUGAUGCCGCAGAUGCAAGCCUUCGAGCUCUGAAGAAGUUAGCAGGAGCUAAGAAGGCUGAAGCCUCAACAGAUGAAGCUGGCAGAAUUUUCGGCGAUGAAGAUUUUAAGCGCAUAAAAGAGCUCAAGGCAAAGAAAGCAGCAAAGUUGGCUUUGGUUCAACAUGGGCUCAGCAAGGGUGACACAAGAUCAGUGACCUUCAAACUUCCUUCUACUGAUGAGCUUAGCUUGAAGCGCGUUGAUCCAUCGGAGCUCGCGGCUCACGUCAAGAGAAAGAUGACCAAGGAAGAGAGAUUAGAGAUGGUGAAAGCUGGAAGGGAGGAUAGAGGAAAAUACCAAGCAAGAGCAGCUAUUAAACAGAAAAAGACGGGUGGCUCGAGCAAUAAGCAGAAACAGCACCAGAAGAAGAUGCCUCUGGCGGCAAAGAGAGCAAAGGCAGCGCGUUCUCGCCAGGAGAAGAAGACCAAAGCGAAGCACUCAGGAAAGCAGUUCAGGGGACGGAAGGCCUGGAAAUAAUGAGGGCUUGUGUUUGCUUCUUUGCAAUUGGUGCCCGGAAAUUUUGACUGUCGUAAGGAUAUUGUGUAUGAUAUGUUUACAUACGAUAUGCAGUUUACAGCAAGGCCGUAUUUUAGUUGUUGCGUGGAAGGAAAAAUGUGAUGAACGACGA